CGCAACAGGCUUGAGCGCGCGCUCGUUGCUCCAGCUGUGGCUGUGAGCGCGCGCGCGGCCCGAGGGGGUGUGCAUCCCCGUCUCACAGCCAUUUUUUUGCCGACUCAGCUGCGAUGUAAACUAACACGCAGUGCUACUAUCACUGAGUUUUACAGAAAAUUAAAAAACGAAACAAGUCUCUUCUCCGCUCAGGGCUGAUAUCUCUUUAACAUCUCGGGAUGGAGUUCCCCGUGGAUAUAUUGGCCUCUGUGGCUCCUGAAUCCCUGGAGCAGUCAGCGAAAGACUACAUGUCUAAACUUCUCUACAGAAAUUCAGAAAUACAGGAGUACCUCAGCAUACCUGGAUCCAAGAAAAUCGAGAUUGGCCUCUGUAAUGUAAGUUUUGUCCCCCUCUAUGGAGUUGACAUUAAACAGAAGCUCCUCGCACUAUUUUCACCUGAAGACCCAUUUAAAGCUGUUGGACUCUACCUGCUGGAUCGGUGGUGGUCAGCUGAAGAUAUUCUUAAAACAGCAGACUCCUCACGCACAGGAUUGAUUAAGGUCAGAACCACUGGAGAGAGGAUAGUUCUGUAUGUUCUGAACAGAAUUAUCUACAGAACGAAAGAGAUGGCUGGGAAUGAUGCGCCCUUUCUUUGUCAUGGAGAAGAUGAAAUUGCCAAAAUCCUCUGGAAAAAUGGCGAGGCCAUUGGCUUUUACUCAGUCAAACCUGAAGGGAGAUUAUGCAAGAGGUUCUUGACCCAUCAUUAUCAACUUCCUGUCAUGGAUACCAUAUUCAUCCGGAAAUGCCACCGUGGCAAUGGACAUGGUCUCCAAAUGCUGGAGGACUUUGUUGACCGCUUCAAAAAAGAUUUAAUGGGUUUGAAAUAUCCACUUUCACCAGCCAUGUACAAAGUUUGUAAAAAGUAUCUGAGCCGUUAUCCAGAAGACACAGAGCUGCUGUGGGAAAUAGAGGGUGUAGGAAGCCCUUUUCAGAGAACUCAAAUAGCCAGAAAACUACAAGCAAUGGACCUAAAAGGAAAUCACCAAGCUUUGGGGAAAUCGAAUUUGGAAACAGAAGACAUCCCAAUGGAAGCUGGUUUUAGACAAGUACAGGAGACUAUGGAGCACAUAGAGGUUGUGGAGGAGGUUGUCCGGAUUAAAAUAACAAAAGAGGUGCAGGACACACCAGUUACAACCCGUGGCAGAAGCAGCAAUCUGAAGCGUAAAAAACUUGGAGCAGACAAAGAAGAGACACCUGGGAAAAUCCUCAGGGUAGAAGACAUUGAGCCUGAUGUUCAGUCUGCAGAUGACCCGGUGCAUGAGUAUGGCAAACUUUCUGUGAUUGUAAAAGAGCCAGAACUCAAGGACACUGUGGAGACAAUGACACAUGAUGUGACCCCCAUAUCAGAGACUACUCAUCUUCACUGUGAAGACCAAAACAAAUUGACCCCUGAACCUACCUAUCAGUCAGAACCAGAAAAAGAUCAGGUGGAUGAAAUAACUCCUGUUAUGGAAAUCCAAAGCCUAAAGGACAAUGCACAAAUCAUGAAAACUUUUGAAGCCACGAUUGUUCCAGUAGACCUCCAACCUUUAGAACUUCAUCAAGUGGUAGAGGUGGAGAUUGUUAAGAUGUCAUCUGAAACUGAAGAGGUAAAAGAAAAAGGUGUAGAGGUCAAAGAAAUGAAAGAUGAUGUUAAUAAGGUGAUACCUUUAGAUGAGAGGGAAACCUCUGAAGAAAUAGUAGAGUCACAAAAAGAUCAAACAGAAAUGGCAGAUACUACCAACAUAGAAGACAUAGUAGAUGAAGUAGAAAUGAGGAAGAUAUCAGUGGAAAAUAUUGUUGGUGACACAGAAGUAGAGAAAGAAGAACCUGGAGUUCUAGAGGUGUCUUUGGUAGAAAAAGAGCAAAGUGAGCAGGUGAAAGUGAUGCAUACAGUUGAAGAGACUGGCACGGUUCAGGAGUGUUUAUGUGACAAAGAACAGGAAACUGAAGACCAAGAAUUAAGUCCUGAUAAUGAAUGGGAGAAAGUCAGUUCUUUGAUUCAACAAGAGGAGUACUCAAACAUGGCAUACAGUUCAGGCUUAAAAGGAAAAUGUGGUGACAAGCGAAGAUCAAACUACGAAACUCCAUUAAGGCACUCUGUAAGACUCCGUGAUCAGGCUGCAGAAGGUGAACUUGCAGAAAGAGUUCUCAGAAGUUCUUCUAAGCAAACACUUAAAACCACUUCUAAACAAGUGUACACAAGACAAGCCCGAUCUAUAAAGCAACCAGAGAAAAUCAAACAAGUAGAAGAUGAGCCUAAGGAAAAAGGAUUCAAUCAGACAGAAUCUCAGGCUGAAUGCACUGAAAAAGCCCAACAAAGAACUGAUGAUCAAAACCCCAGGGAAGUGGAGAACAAAAUGGAAGAUAGUUCACAAGAUGAAAAUAAGAUGGAUGAAAAGUUGAGGAAUGAAGAACAAGACAAAAUGACCGCUGCAGCAGAAGAAGUUGGCAAGGCAGCUGAGGAUGGUGAGGAAAUGGGAAUCACAGAUGUUAAUAAUGCUGAAGCCUACACAGACGGUGAAAAUGUGGUGGUAGUUGAGGACAAAAUUAAAAAGAAAAAUAUUGAAGAAACAGAAGUAAGACAUGACAAGAUAGAGAUUGAGGAAAAUAUUCUAUCAAAGGAUGAAGACGGAGUUUCAGAGCCAACUGUUACAGAUGAAAACAAGAUAGAGGAGGCUCAAGAAGAGGAACUUAUGAAAGAACCUAACGCUAUUCAAAGUGAGGAACCAGAAAUUAAUGACAUCGAGUUAAGUCUUGAUUAUGAAGAUGGCAAGGAUGGUGAGAAAAUGGCAGUUGUUGAUGUUCAUGAUGCUGAGGAUGUAAAUACAGCUCAAAUAGAAGUUGAAGUAAAAGUACCAGAACCAUCAGUUGCAGAACCUUUUGAAGAGCAGGAGGAGGAGUCAACCUUAGAAAUGAUGCCAGCAGAGAUUGUGCAGAACACUGAAGAAGCCACUUCAACUUUGAAACUGCAAAAGGUUGCUGUUGUUCUUGUGGAUUUAGACACAGUUUCCACAACACAUACAUAUGCCAGCGAAAAUGCUUCGGGAAAGUCACAGCCAGAACGUACUGAUGACCGAGGGAACAAAGAAGAAGAAGGAUUAAACCAGCAAGUUGAACCCACUGAAAAAGAGCAAGAAGUGGAAAUGGCAGAAAAUGAAAAUGAGACAGUUGAGGGUGAAAUUAGCAGCAUUGAAGAAACAGAAGAAAUUAUGGAGAGAGUUAUAACAACGGAUGUAGACAGAGUUUCAGAGUUGACUACAGAUGAAAACAAGAUGGAGGAUUUUCAGCAAGAGAAGGUUCUGAAAGAAACAAAGACUGUUCAAGACGCACCAGAUGAGGAAAUCAAAAGUAAAGAUAUCAUUGAGUCAAGUGAGGAUGAUGAAGAGGUGAAAUCAGAUGUUCAGAUUGAACUGUCUGAAGAGGAAGAGGAUAAGACAGACUUUGUAACCCCAUUACGGCGCUCUAAAAGACUAAAACAUCAGGUUGCAGAAAGGGAACUGGCAAAAAGAGUUCUCAGGAGUUCAACAAAAACAGCUAAAGCAACUUGUAAACCCAAUGCUGUAAAGCAACGAGUGAAGACUAAGCAACCAGUAGAUGAUCCUGAAGUUGAGCAGAUGAAGGAAGCUGUAGAAUCGCACACUGGAACUGCUGCGGAAAAGAAAAUUGAGUCAGUAAGCAUCACUACUGAAGGCUGUAGGGAAAACCUGAUUUCAGCUUUAAAUGAUAAUGUUGAGGAAGAGAGAAAUAUAGAUGAGGAGCAUUUAGAAGAAAAAAUAACUGAUUAUCAAAACCUCAUGGAAGUGGAGAACAAAAUGGAAGACAGUUCACAGCAUGAAAAUAAGAUGAAUACCGCUGAAAUAGAGCUUGAAGGAGAAACACUAGAACAGUCUACUGUGGAACCUGUUGAAGAGCAGGACGAGGAACCAGCCUCAGAAAUGGUGCCAAAGGAUGAUGUCCCGAACACUGAAGAAACCACAUCAGCUUUGAAACUACCAAAAGCUGCUGUUGUGCUUGUGGAUUUUAACAAAGUUUCCAUUAUAUAUACAGAUGUUAGUGAAGAUGCUAAGGGAACCUCACAGUCUCAGGAGAAGGUAGAUCUGGAACGUCAUAGACUAGAAAGUACUGAUAGAGAAUCUCAGGCUGAACACACUGAAGAAGAGCAAGUAGUGGAAAUGAGAGAAAAUGAAAUUGAAAAUAGCAGCAUUGAAGAAACCGAAGAAAAGGUGGUGAGGAAAUGUGUUGUAUCGAAUGAUGAAGAUAGAGUUCCAGAGUCAGCUGUUACUGAUGAAGAAAACAUGGAAGAGGAUCAAAAAGGGACCACUGCCCAAGAAAUACCAGGUGAGGAACCAAAAAGUCUACAUGUCAUUAAGUUAACUGAAGAUGAUGAGGGUGUGACGUCAGAUGUUUCACUUAAACUGGCUGAAGAGGAAGUGUAUAAGGAAAUCAUCACUACUGAAGGCUGUGGUGAAAAUCUGAUUUCAGCUCUAAAAGUCAUUUUUGAGGAAGGGAGGAAUGAGGAUGAGGAACGUUUAGGCCAAAACGUAACUGAUGCUGAACACCUCAUGGAAGUGGAGAACAAAACUGAAGAUAGUUCACAGGAUGAAAAUAAAGUGGAUACAAAGUUGAGGAACAAUGAACAAGAAAGAGUGACAACAGGAGAAGAAGCUGGUGAGUCAACCAAGGACGAUGAGAAAAUAGCGGCUGAAGGAAAAUCAACAGAAACAUCUGCUGCAGAAUCUGUUGAAGAGCAGGAGGGGGAACCAGCCUCAGAAAUAGAGCCAGCAGAGGAUGAUGACGACAUAAAAGAAGCCACAUCAACUCUGAAACUGCAAAAUGUUGCUGUUGUGCUUGUGGAUUUUAACGAAGUCUCCCCGAAACAUGAAAGUGAUGACAGUGAAAUGGAUAAGGUAACCUCCCAGCCUCAGGAGGAGGUAAUUCAGGAACUUUAUAAGCCAGAUAGUACUUAUCACAGUAAUGAGGGCAAAGAAGGAGAAAACCAGACAGAAUGUGAAGUUGAACUCGGGGAAAAAGAGCAAGAAGUAGAAAUGAUCGAAGAGGAACAUGAGGAAACCAAAGAAGUAAGAGAUGAGAGGAUGGAGAUUGAGGAAAAUAUUAUGUCAAAGGUUGAAAACAAACUUCCAGAGUCAACUUUUACAGAUGAAAAGAUGAUGAAUGAAACUCAGGAAGCGGAACCUGUGAAACAGACAAACACUAAUCAAGAUAUACCAGGUGAGGAAGAAAACAUUCAAAAUGACAUUGAGUCAAGUGAAGAUGAAGGAUUGAAAUCAGAUGCUCAGAUUGAACUGUCUGAAGAGGAAGAGGAUAAGACAAGCUUUGUAACACCAUUAAGGCGGUCAAGAAGACUCAGGCGUCAGGCAGUAGAAAGUGAACUGACAAAAAGAGUUCUCAGGAGUUCUACAAAAGCUGCUAAAGCAACUUCUAAAACAAAAGCUGUAAUGCAACAAGCGAAAACAAAACAACCAGUAGAUGAUCCUGAAGAGCAGGUAAAGGAAGUUCUGGAGUCAGACACUGAAACUGCUGUGAAAGAGAAAAUUGAGUCGGUAAGCAUCACCACUGAAACCGAAGAAGUGAAAGCUCUGGAAGGAAAAAAACCAGGACAGUCUGCUGCAGAACCUACUGAAGAGCAGGAGGAGGAACCAGCCUCAGAAACAGGCCCAUCAGAGGAUGAUUACACAGAAGAAGCCACAUCACCUUUGAAACUGCAAAAAGUUGCUGUUGGGCUUGUGGAUUUUGACACAGUUUCCACAACACAUACGGAUGCUGGUAAAGAUGCUAAGGGAACUUCACAGUCUCAGGAGGAGGUAGAUCUGGAACUUCAUAAACUAGAAAGUCCUUCUACAGAAUCUCAAGCUGAACACUCUGAAAAAGAGCAGGUAGUGGAAAUGACAGAAAAUGAAAUUGAAACUGGCAGCAUUGAAGAAACAGAUGAAAAGAUGGAGAGUGAGGAAGGUGAUGUACUGAAUGAUGAAGACAGAGUUCCACUGUCAACGGUUCCUGAUGAAGAAAACAUAGAAGAGGUUCAAAACGAGACAGACACUGCUCAAGAAAUAGCAGGUGAGGAACCAAAAAGUCGACAUGUCAUUGAGCCAAGUGAAGACGAUGGUGAGAGAUCAGAUGUUCUGGAUGAAGAGGAUGAGGCAAGCUCGGUAACCCCAUUGAGGCGCUCUAGAAGGCUCGAGGAUCAGGCUGCAGAAAGUAAACUGACAAAAAGAUCUCUCAGGAGUUCGGCAAAACUGACAAACAAAGCCACUCCACAACAAAGACACGAACGACAAAUCAAAGCCAUGAUGCUACAAGAGGAACCUGAAAAACUAGAUGAAUCUAAGAAUAACGAGAUGAACGUUAUAUUAGGGUCUGAGGUCGCAGUAGGAGACCACAUGGAGUCAGAUGGUGAUCCAGAAAAUAUGAUUUCAGCUGUACAGAGCACCUGUGAAGAGGGAAGCAGUUUGGAAAAGACUGACAUAGAAGCUGAUGACCACAAGAACAUUAAGAACAUAAGGACAUCUGAUGGAAAUGAAGUAGAGAACAAUAUAAGGAGUGAAGGUGUUACAGAACAAGACAAGAUGGCACCAGAGGAUAUAAUACAUGGAGAAACUGAACAAGUCUGCACAGCUGUACACAUUGAACUUUCUGAAGUUUUGGAAGAAGCUGAAAACAACGUGCAAGAAGAGGGAGCAGCCACAGAAAUGGCAUAUGGAGAGGAUAGUGAGAACAUCAUGGAAACCACAACCACUUUGACACUACAGGAAGCUUCUGUUGUGCUUAUGGAUAUCAAAGAAGUUCUUCCAAAUCUGACAGGUGACUGUAGUUCUGCUUUUGAAACUGCUCAGGAGGAGAUGGUUAACAAUCUUGAAAUAGGUGAACAAGCAGUGGAUAUGCCUGAAGAGGUGAAGGAGGGAAUACAGACUGAAGUUGUAGAGGGAGAGAACAUAGAGAUAGAGUCAGUAAAUCUCACUGAAGGAGAUUCCACAGAUCUGAAUGCAGCUGCAAAGGGCACAGCUGAGGAGGACAGCAGCGUAUUAAUGAGUCAUUUAGAAAACGAGACAACUGAUACCAAUAAGCUUGAGGAAGAGAACAUUGUGAUGAAACAUGGUGAUGAAAGUAAGGUGGAGGAAGAGUCCAAAACGGAACAGUUCACUCUUCAAGGUCCAAUUUUAACCCAAGAUUCAGUUCUCAAAGAAUGUUCAGAGACAACUACACAUGUGCAUGGUAUUUUGGAUCUUCAUAAUGCUGAAGUUGUAAAAAAUAAUAUUUCUAUUGAAGAACAGGAGGAAGAACUGGCCAUAGAAGAAUUGGCACUAGAAGAGGACAGGGCGAACGUAGUCGGGUCCAUGUCCAUGUUAAAACUACAGAAAGCCGCUGUUAUGCUUGUGGAUUUCCAAAGACAUACAGGUGGAAAUGAGGCAGAUGGGAAUGAAACAACACAAUCACAGGAAGUAGCAUUGCUAACCAAGGCAAAUGAAGAGAACGCAUUGGUGGAGAUGGAUGCAAUAGAACCUGUGACAGAAGGAAUAGAAGAAGAAGCAGUAUGCAUGGAUAACACACUCAUUACAAAUGAUGAACAAGACAGGGAUAUUCUUGCAGAAGAAGGUGUGAAAGAUGAAUUGAAAGAAGUAGAACACACUACCUUAAAAGAAAAAUCUACUGCAACAGAAUUGGACUCAACUAAAACUCUGAAAGAGGGUCAAGAGAGUACAGCACCUGCCCAUGGUGACGGUGUCCAGGAACACACUCAAGAUGAAGAUAUUUCAGUUUACACAAACAGAAACCUAAGACGUAGGACUUACACAAAGGUAAACAAAAAUAGAGAAGAGGAGAUCUCCGAUGAAGAAGUUGAAACUGUAUUCACAAGAUCUCUCCGGCGAAGAACAGUAACCGUAACACCGAGAAGAAGAUCUAAACGUCUCACAGGCACACGUGUAGCAGAGCUGGAGAUGGAUUCACUGGUCACUAAAGUUUGUCCUGAAAUAUUAGCAGUGCAAAGCACCGAAGAGUCCAGGGCUGCUGUGGAAGAGGCGCAUGAAACCAAUUCAAAAUGUGACAGUGUUGAAGUACCUGCUGUCUCUGAAGCAGUGAGAAAAGACCGGGAGCAAAAUAAAAAUAUACCUGGAAAUGAUCCAGAAAAGGUAGAGGAGGGGACUGAUGGAGACAACGAUAUGGUAGAAGCAGCUGUUGAUCAUAAGGAAAUUCUAGUAGAAGGUGAUCUACCAGAUGAGUAUCAGGAGAAAGAAGAACCUGAGCUGAACCAAGAACAAGUAAGAAGUGCCAGUUCUGGACAGGAACGUGACCAACAGGAUAAUGCUCCGGAGGAAACAUUGCUUGAGAAAACAUUUGAAGAAGAACCUAGUAAAAGAGUGGAAGAAAAACACCUUGUCGUUCAAUCAGACGAGGGCGUAGGUGUUGAAAGAAGGGCUCUGAGAAAACGAACAAUAACUACCAAAGCCACCUCUGUAAGGAAAUCCAAACGACUCUGCAAACAAGACCAAGGUGAAAAUGAUGGGCAAACAGUUGUGUGGACAAACACUGGGGAUUCUGCAACAGUAAUGGCUGAUGUGAAGUCACUUGCAGAAAACGAAACCACCGAUCAAGGAAAAGGUCAAGAAAUAGAGGAUACCAACACUAAAGGUGGAGAAAUCUCCCAUAAAGAUGAGGACCAGGAAAAUGCAGAAGGGGAAGAAAUAGAUGGAAAUGCAACUAACAGCCAAGAAAGCACAACAGGGACAGAAGAUAUGAGUAAGCAGGCCCAGUUGAGUGAGUUUCUAAAUGUUUCAGAAGAAGAUACAGAUUCUAAGCUAGUGGCACAAGAAGAAAAGAAUGGUGAAGAGAACAAGGAGGAACAAUCGGCGACAGAAGAGAUAACGGAGUCUGAAAACAAUGCAGGUGCAGCUGAUAAAGUAACUGAUGAGCCCAAAGAAUUUGAGGAUACUCAAGGGGAGCCAGAGCAAAUUGAGAAGAAUGCUGAAGAAAUGACUGAAGCCAGUGUAACUGUAGAUGGAAAUUUCACCUUGGAGCUGGACGAAGAGAUUGACCGUAAGGACGCAGAGUGUCACCGAGUGGUUGAGGAGACCAAAGCCUCAUUUCAGGAGAGUGAAAAAGAAAUCGCAGAUGCAGGACAAGAGUCUGGAGUGAUGACAAAACGCUUCCUUCGAGGCAGGAAAUCAGCAACAGCUUCACCUGAACAAAGAUCAUCUAGGAGAAGCCGGAGAUUGCUGCAAGAUAGUCUGAGUGAAACGGAAGAUAAGUCAGAGGCAGAGGAGGUAAGAAAGGUGAUUGGAGAAGAGGUAAAGAAACCUCAACAAAAAAGAAAAGCUGUAGUUGAGCUAACAGCUCGUAGAUCUAAACGGCUUACAGGAGCAGAAAUAGUGUAAUUUAAACUACACUUGGUUAAUGGGCCUAAAAAUUUUUUAAAGAAUAUAAUAACUUGCAUCAGUUACAUUUAAAAUACUUUUUUUUAAAUUACAGUUUUGAUAUGCAAUAUGUAGUCUACAUUUUUAUUACAUUUUGUAGCUUUAACUUUUUUGUUAUUUUGAAUUGUAUUCUAUCUUUAACAUUGUGCUUACUCUAUUAAUUAAUGUUACUUUAAUUACUGUCACUCACAGGCUUUUAAUAUAUCUAAAUUUCUACUUUGUUAUGCACAUCAAAGGGAUCUCUACAUAGGCAUAUUUUUCUAUAUCUUUUCAUGACUGUGAAAUCACAAAUGGUGGCUCUGUAUAUUUGUGCUUAUGGAUAAUAUUAUGUUUCCACAGUGUACCAUUUCUUUUUCCUGUAUUAUGUAGGAAACCAUUUUGUAACUGAACAUUUUUUCAGAUGUUCAGUAGUUUUGAAUUUGAAUAUUUGUUUUCAAGGUGCCUAUAUCAGCUCUUCUAUAGUUACAGUAUAGAUUUGGCCAAAUCAAAACUAUAACAGUCUCGUGAUUGAUUGAAACACAAUGAUUCUCUCUUCAGUCCUGACUGUGAAAUAUACUGCAGAUAAAUAGUAUAGACUUUCCACUAGCACUUCUUCAGGAUCUCGGAGUAUGCACUUAGUUAUUGUUAAAUACUAUUUUACAACUGUGAAACACUUCUUUUAUCAUAUUAUAUAUUUUUAUAGGUUUGUCAUCUGGACGUUAUUUACCAUUAGUGAAUUAUUUGUUACUCUUUUGACAUCUGUAAACAUCUUUUCCUGCACCAAUAAGCAGUGCUAUUUUUGUUGUUUAUUUGUUUAUAUGUUUGUUUCAUCUUUAUUUUUUUCUGGUUUUAAAUAAAGUUUGAGAAUUGUG